AUGACCUACCCACCCCACAUAUUUGCCGACAACCCGAUCAAUCGCGGCGAAACCGAGCGCCGCGACGAGGACUGGAUACUCCAACAGGCCGAGGAUCCGGCCAGCAGGUUCCUGCCCUUCCGCAACCUCAACGUGCUCCUGACCGAUCAGACUCCGCCCGAGCUGGGCUGGCUCAGUACGGUUCAAUUGCGAUCAUUGCCGCCGGAAGCCGCAUGGAUCUUUCUCGGCCUCCUAGACGGGGUGGCGCACUUCUCGGUGGACCUGUCGAAGUCCGCCAAUACGGCUGACCGCGUGGAGGCGGAGACGGGCUGGCGCUUCGAGGACUGCCGCACCGCCGGCGAGACCAUGUCCGGCCCCAACACCGGCCUGCUGUCCCACGCCCGGGCGCAGCUGGACUGGAACCUGCGCCACGGGUUCUGCUCCGUUUGCGGUCACCCCACGGAAAAGAAGCGCGGCGGACAGUCGCGCCAAUGCCCGGGCUGCAACGCCCAGCAUUUCCCGCGCACCGACCCGGUGGUUAUCACCGUCGUCGCGGACGUUGCACGGGACCGAUGCCUCCUCGGGCAAUCUCGAGGACGCUUGCAGCGCAUGCGGGCAUUCUCGGCGCUGGCGGGCUUCAUGGACCAGGGCGAAGCCAUCGAGGAGGCCGUGGCCCGGGAGGUGAUGGAGGAGGCCGGCAUCCGGGUGAAAAACGUGCGCUACCACUCGUCCCAGCCGUGGCCCUUCCCGUCCUCGCUGAUGAUCGGCUGUUUGGCUGAGGCCGAUACCACCGACAUCAACAUGGACGAUGAGGAGAUGACCGACGUCCCGCUGGUUCGACCGGUCGGAGUCGGGGAGGAGGCGGGGCCGACGGAAUGGCCGGCGGCGUCGUUCCCGGAGUACACCGACGACCGCCUGCAAGUAUUUGUGGAUCACUUGUGGGCCGCAUCCGACGGUAACCUGACAGCCGGCGUGUCCGUUCUGAGCGGCCCCGGCUUGUACACCCUGACCGUGGCCCUGGCCCGGGCCGACGGCACGGGGCGGCAACCGUCAAGCAGAGAACAACGGAUUGCAGCGCAGACGGCCUCGAUAGCGCCCGCGCUGCUGACCGAGUUGCGACGGCGCGACUGCCGCGGGAUGGGCGACGACCCAACCGGUCCCGUGCGCCGGGGGCGACUCCUACAACUGAUUGGAGCCUUCACAACCCUAACCGCGUUGGGGGCAACGACGCCGCAGCGCCAGAAGCUGGCGGCGGCCUGUCCAUUCUGCGCCGCCGCCGGAUCAUUGCAGGUAUCGCUGCCUCAGGUCACGUGGCGGUGUUUCGCCUGUGAUCGUUCCGGCGGCCUGCGGGAGUUCGCCGAAUGCCUGCUCACGAAGGCCCUGACCGGCUCGGCGGACCCCACACUCCUUCGUUAG